AUGGUUUGGACGUCCUCCACAGCCAGGCAGCUCUUUCGCGGCCCCACACGACCCGAUGGCCUUCCGCCUGCCAUCGUCGCGGGUCUCUCGUCCACAAACGCGAACGAGCAGCAGGCAGCGAUCGAACAGCUGCGCGGCUUCGUGCACGAGCUCUUCUUCCUCGACGUCAACAAGUUUUUCCUGAUCACCAACCCCAUCACCGCGGGAAUCAUCUGUCUGCUCAUCGUCAUCGGCAUCCCCGUCAUCCUCCACCGUCUCUAUCACAAGCGCCUCGACCUCUUCCGUCUCGAGCGCCGCGCUCAGGGCUCGUACAUCGUGCCCAACGCCAUCAACUGCUUCCUCCUCCUCGAGGGUCUCUACGGCGUGCUCACCGUCGCGUUCAACUUUGUCGUCUGGAAGCUCUUCCACGACGAGAUGGCCGUGUGGGUCAAGUUCUUCCCCGCCUUUAGGUCGUUGAUCUGGAUCCCGCUCUACAUUGGCGCCUUCCUCACCGGGUGGGGGAGUUUCUACACGGCGCCCGGUGCGCUCGACAAGCCGUCGGCAGCGAGGAACAAGACGAGCGCAAAGGGCCGCCUGCCCUGGCCGCUCAUCGUCAACCUCAGCUGCUUGGGCACGCCCGUCGCGCUCAUCAUCUCGCUGCUGCCCCCCGUAUGUCUCUCGUCCGUCAAGAUGGUGGAUGCCUUCAACAUGUACAAGGCGUGGGAUGCGCGCGUGCAGGCGCUGGUGGCGGCGACGGCACCGGGCGCGCUGGUUGCACCGACCGCUGUCCAGGCGACGAGCGCACAGGCGUACGACAUCUUUUACACUUGGACGCGCUCGUACUACUUUGUCGACAUCAGCUAUGUGCUCUGGGCAUUCUGGGCGCUGUUGUUCCUCUUCUUCUACGUGCCUGCAGGCGGCACGCUCGUGUUUCUGCUCUUCCGACAGGUGCGCAAGCAAAAGGCCAUCCUCGUCAGCUACCAGCGCAAGAUCGAGGUGCAGCUCGCACACGAGGAGAAGAACGCGACUGUCUUGACGGGCGAUGCGCUCACUGCACCGAGCGCACCCAGGAGCGCAGGGUGGAAUGCGUCCGGCGCCAACUCGCGUGGGCGCGGUGCAGCGCUCGAGGACAUCUACGAGGACCGUGGCGCGUCGGGCGGAAGCGAGGCCACAGGCCAUAGCGGCGUCACGGCAUCGUUCAAGGGCAGCCACGAGAUGGUGGGGAUCGACUCGAUGCUGCGCCAGGAGCCACCGCGGGUGCAUGGCGCACUCACGCCCGGGCUCAACUCGCGCCUCGGGCAGGUGGCGAGUUUGGCCGACGAGGCGCAUGGCGAGAGCAACCUCACGGCGGCUGAGAUGACGCCGCCCGUGUCGCCGCGCUCGCCGUCUAUGCUGCGCCGCCUCAUCUCGGCCACGUCGAGCACGCACAAGCUGGGCACCAGCACGCACAAGCGCGCGCGCCGCGUGUCGAUCACGGGCGGACCCAUGUCGCGGUACAAGUACCUGCGGCGGUGCUUGGUCAACCUGCUCAUUCUUUACCUCGGCAUCAUCUCGGCCGCGUGCUUCUUUGGCGCCGUGACGAUCUAUCUGGCGGCGGUGGAGUACGAGCAUGCGCUGCAGGGCCCGGAGGCGGUGGCCGAGUCGAUUGCCAUUGCGGGCGCCACGGCAGCGUGGGUGUCGGCGGUGUUUGGCGUGCUCACCAUCGGCUCGAUCAUCUUCCGCAACUUUGACAAUCCGCAGCCCGAGGCGAGUCAGGGCAGUGGUGGCGACGGUGCGCUGCGCAAGCGCUUCCACCGCAAUGCGUCGCGCACGCUCGAGUCGGGCGAGGCGCAGGGGGGCGUGGGCAGGGGCGCGCACGACAAGACCAGGACGCUGCCUGCCGUGCCCGAGAGCGUCGACAUCGAGGCAUCCAUGGUGUCGAGGUCCCGACCCCACAUGGCGCACGACAUGUCGAUGAAGUUCGCCAUGGGUGAGGGACACGGUGGAUUUGUGAUGCGGCCGGAUGAUCAGCUGGCGUCGGCCAUGUCCGUGGGCAAUACGCCCGAGAUCGAGGUGGCGCCCAGCGGCGGUAGGGCGCAGGGGCAGCAAGGGGCGGCGCUGAGACCGCUGGGGCCGCCGGCGAGGGCAUGGCUGGGCAGGGAGAGGGAGGCGACCAUGUCGAUCCCGCAGGACGUCACCGAGUCGUUUGGCCUCUACUCGCUGCCCAUGCUCACACGCCCGGGCGAGGCGGCGCCGGUAGACGCCGUCGAGGGACACGAGACCGUGGCGGACUCAACCUUGCGCGAGUAUCCCUCGUUCGACCCACAGCUGAUGCGCAGCGUCGACCAGGAAACCGCGCUCGAUGCGGCACCGAUCAGUCCGCGCGACACGAGCUACAGGAAACCCGUGUCGCGUGGCGGAUCGCCCGUGCUCAAGCGGCACGCGAGGCUGCCCGACAGCGUGGGCAGCGAGACACCCGCGUCGAGGAUCGCAAGGGAGUGGGCGCAGUCCCAGUACCUCGCUACACCGCUGCCUGAGCCGCCGGCCCGGGGUGAUGCUGCAGGGUGGGUCGAUGACAUGGACAGUGCACCGCUGUCCCCGCCUGUUUCGCCGCCCAGCUCCCCACCGAGGCCAAAGCGCGAUCAUAGGAGACUCCUGUAG